AAGCGAGUCAACGAGCGAAGCGAAGCAGCGAGAUGGAUGGAGGAGUAGCUCGGUGCUAGCUAACCCUAGCGGCGACCAGCGACGGCCGACGGGGACCUGGGCCGUGGAGCCGAAAUCCGCGAGUAGUCGGUGAGCCUGCGUGUGAGGCGCCGCCUUUGGGGGAUUCAAGGGACCAAGGAGCCAAGCAAGCAUUUCAGAGUGAAGGAAAGGAGAUGCAGUCUCUCCCAGUGCCGAGCGUGCAGGCAAUGGUGGCGGCCACGGGUGGUACUGAUGUGCCACCCAGAUACCUCCGCCUGGGAGACGAGGCAGUUGCUACUGAUGGAGAGGCUGAGAUCCCUGUCAUUGACUUCCAGAGGCUGAAGCUCGGCCAUGGUGAGGAGAUGACACUUCUCCACAGGGCCUGCCAGGACUGGGGCUUCUUCCAGUUAAUAAAUCACAGUGUCCCAGAAGAUUUGCUGGAGGGGAUGAAGUCCAACGUGAAGGGAUUCUUUGAGCUGCCUGCAGAAACCAAGAAACAGUUUGCUCAGGAGCGAGGGCAGCUGGAUGGUUAUGGCCAACUGUUUGUUGUCUCGGAUGAUCAGCAGCUUGACUGGGCUGACAUUCUCUUCCUCAAUACACAGCCAGUGCAGGAAAGGAAUAUCAGAUUCUGGCCUGACCAACCUCCUGACUUCAGAUCAACACUGGACAAAUAUUCUGCUGCUGUGAAGAGCAUAGUGGAUUUCCUCUUGGUUGCUAUGUCGAACAACUUGGGAGUGGAUCCAGAGGUGAUUGCAGACAAAUGUGGCACUGAUGGGAUCCAGGCGGUGAGGAUGAACUACUACCCUCCAUGCGUUCAGGCAGACAAAGUCAUCGGCUUCUCUCCUCACUCUGACUCUGAUCUGUUGACCCUUGUCCUCCAAGUGAACGAGGUGGAUGGCCUGCAGAUCAAGAGAAACGGGACAUGGUUUCCUGUCAGGCCUUUGGAUGGUGCUUUCAUUGUUAAUGUGGGAGACAUUCUUCAGAUUUUCACAAACGGGAGGUACAAGAGUGUCGAGCACCGGGCUGUUGUGAACACAAAGAAAGAGCGGCUGUCGGUGGUGGCCUUCCAUUCUCCAAGCAUCCAUGCCAUCAUUGGUCCUCUGAGGGAGAUGGUGGCACAUGAAGAUGAUGCUGUUUAUAAGAACAUAGACCAUGAUGAGUUCAUGAAGCUCUUCUUCUCUGCCAAGCUGGAUGGGAAGAGCUUCUUGGACAGGAUGAAGAGGCUCUAGACCAAAGCUGAGAGAGUGAGAGAGAGAGAGAUAAGCGACAGAGGAUCAAAUUGAGUGAUCGACAGGCCGCCUAUUGUGCUUGAUUGUAAUCGAAGAGGUAUUGGACUUGGGGCAAAGGAUCAAACUGGGUUUCCAAGGUUGGUAAUUUGAAGCCAUGUGUCUAUUCAUAUCGGGCAAUUCAUUCUUUCAUUCCUGAGAUUUCUCUGCACUUGUGGCAUUUAUUCCGAAGCGCUGGAGCAACAUGGACGAUUCCUGUUCUAUCUUAUGUUUCACCUGUAACGAUACACACAACAGUAUCUCAAAAAAAAAAAAAAAU